CAACGAUACAAAGACCGUCACAUCCAAGUAACCGUAUGACCAAACGUUCACACUCUCCACCACCAAUGCUCAGAGCCACCUACACCGCACCAACCAUCCCCUCCCCCAUUGCCUUCGAAAACGACGCUUCCGUCCCAAAAGCCGAUGACCAUGUCGAUACUCCCGACAUCGAAGCACAAAAGGCGUCGUUGAAGAGGCUUUUUGAGGCGAUUCCGAAGAUGCAGGAUCGGUUGAAUGAGUAUUUGACGGAGCGGAUGAGGAUCGAUAAGGGAGAGACGAAUGGGGGUGCUGUGGAGGACGAGGAGGAGGAGGAGGAUGAUGAGGAGGAGGUCGUGAUGUUGUGAGGGAUGCAGAGUUACCAGUGAGAGAAAGAAAUACUCGGAAGGCCGGUGCCGGAGAAUGAAUGAGCAUGAAGGACCGGCAUUAUCGCAAUCUGCAUGACGACGUCGUCCACGCGUCAGGCUGAACCGUCGGAGUGUAGACAACGCAUGAAACGACAUUGCGGAGGGUGUGGACUUCGACAAGAC